UUAAAUAUUUAAAAUUUGGUCGUGAUCAGAGUAUUCAGUUUUGUUUAGUUAUAUUUUGUGUUUUAAUAUUAAAAAAAACUCACGUGAGAAUAUAUAGAGUUCUUUCUAUGGGUUUAUUAUCAUAUUGUGGAUCAAGUGAAUGUCUUUGAAUUUGAGCCGUAGACUUAAAAAUAUAAAAAUCGUGAAGAAAACUUAAGUAUGGAGUGCCAAAAUUUGAACAUAAACAAUAACAAUUUACUUUCUGGGGCCCAUCAGAUUGAAACCAAUGAACCCCACAUUAAUGAUACAGCUUUACGGAUGAUGCAAAAAAUGGGCUACAAGAAAGGAUCUGGAUUAGGAAAGAGUGAACAAGGGAUUACGAAAAAUCUAGAUGUUCGUUAUCAAUUAGGUAAAAAGGGAUUAGGUUCGAAAUUGCGGAAUAUAGAAGAUGUCAUGGAGAAGUGGAAUUUUUCAUUGGAGGACGUGGCAGUUAAAGAAGAACUACAUUGGCUAAUAAAUAAUCACAUUCUAGAUUGCACAGAAGAAGAAAUGAUAACAUGGAUUAAAGAGGGACAACCUAUUAAUGAUGUUAAAAGUGAGUGCAGGUUUUGUGAUCAAGAAAUACUUCAUAAUGUUAUUGAUGCAAAGAAUAUAUUCGAUGAAAUGGAUAAUCAGGAAUUAUGUCAAGCAAGAGCAAAAUCGAAUCCUUUCGAAACCAUCCGAUCUGUAUUUUUUAUGAAUAGAGCAGCUUUGAAAAUGGCAAACAUUGACGCUGCGACAGAUUUCAUGUUUACAGAUAUUGACGAAAAUGAACAUUUUCAGGAGCAGAAAUAUCCAAUUUAUUUCGCAGACGUUUGUGCUGGACCAGGUGGCUUUAGCGAAUAUAUACUUUGGCGAAAACAAUGGUAUUUUAAAGGAUUCGGAUUAACUUUAAAGGACAUAAAUGAUUUUAAGCUAAAUGAAUCGACUUGUGCAAGUGGGGCAACAUUUCAAGCUCUUUAUGGUAAAGAUGGAGAUGGAAACGUGUGUUCUCCUGAAAAUAUUUUAGAUUUUAAGGCAAAAGUUUUACACGAAAGCGACCAACAAGGUGUUCAUUUUAUGAUGUCUGACGGGGGAUUCUCUGUUGAAGGUAAAGAAAAUUUUCAAGAAAUUCUAUCCAAACAUAUUUACAUUUGCCAAUGUCUAGUGGCUCUGGAAAUAGUCAGAUCACACGGGCAUUUCGUAACAAAAUUAUUUGAUGUUUUCACUCCAUUUAGUGUAGGAUUAUUGUUUCUAAUUUACAAAUGUUUUGAAAAAGUGUCUAUUUUCAAACCAAACUCUUCAAGGCCUGCAAACUCGGAGAGGUAUUUUAUUUGUUCCAAUUUGAAACGGGACUCUUUUUACGAAAAAGUGAAAAAAUUUUUAUGGCUAAUAGUUAACAGGCUAUGGCAAAUAAAAGAUAAUAAGGAUGUAGAUAUAUUGGAAAUAGUUCCAUUAAAUCUAUUAAAAGAGGACCAAUGUUUUUAUUCGUAUAUUGUGAAAUGUAAUGAAAAUUUAGCUCUUAAACAAACUGUAGCAUUAAGAAAAUUGGCUAUGUUUUGUCGAAAUCCAACAUUGAUUGAAUUCAGGCAGGACGAAUUAAGAAAAAAAUGUCUUGAGCUCUGGAAGAUACCUGAUAAACCAAAAACAACUCCAUCUCCAAUCAGCGCUCAUGAACUUAUUAAUUCAACUAUAGAAAAAAUAGAAAUUAUCUCAGUACAACCAAGAAAAGUGGACAAUAUAAAAACAUUUAAUACACUGAUCUCAGAUAUAGAGGAAUGGUAUUACUUUCCUUUAUACAGCUCUCAGAAAACAAAUAACUGUAAUUUUUAUACAGGUACCAAUGGAAAAGUGUAUAGGUUUCAAAAAGGAAAAUGGAUAAAAAUAAAAAAUAUCCAAUUAUGUAAUGGAACUGUCGUAUAUGCAGAAUUUGUAAACGAAAAAUGCGUUACAAGAGUGAAUGGAAAUAAACGUUCUGAAAAUACCAGAUACAGUCUACAUAUUAUCGACGGUUUACGCUUAGGCGAAAGAAAUUUGGCAGAUCUCACAUUUUCUCAAAGACGGGAAUUGUUAGAAAACUAUUGCAAAUCAGUUAAUAAGGAGAGUCAACCACAAACAAUAAGAAUUCGAAUGAAAAUUAUGGAUCAUCUAAACAAUAUCACUUCGAAUUGUUUGAUUUGUCAAAGUAAAGAUGGUGGUACUUAUUCGAAUUUACCCUUAUUGGGUUAUAAUUCAUUAUCGGAAACGUUCUCUGUAAAUUCAUUACUAUUAUUAAAAGUUAACUCAAGUCAAUUUUUCCAGUGCGCAUUUGUAUUAAGAGUAGCUAUUUUUAUAACAAAUAAUGAUGAAAAUAAUGAAAACGGUUUACUUUUAGAAGACAUUAUCAGUGAAAUAAAACGAAAAACCUGAAAUAUAUGCAACUAUACAUUUUAUACUUUAUUUAAAAAAUAAAG